AUGUCCAAUCCGCCUUUCACGGUCAGAGCGGUCUUCGAAUAUGCUUCAGGCCACGAUGAAGACCUUAGCUUUCCCAUUGGCCAAAUCAUAACCGUCACGGCGGUGGAGGAUGACGAAUGGUAUUACGGCGAGUAUACAGACGGUGCGGCGACCAAGCACGAGGGUAUUUUUCCCAAGAAUUUCGUGGAGAAAUAUGAUCCGCCUGCGCCCCCACGACCGACACGACCAAGUCGCCCGAAGAAAGAUGCGGAAUCGGCGCCUGUUGAACCUCCAGUCGCAACGACCGAAAGUCGGUCGCAGACCGAGCCUGAGGUUGCUGAGUCCGCCCCGGCGGAGGUCGAGCCGCCAGCUUCCAAGCAGAUUGAAGCGGAACCUCCUCAGUCUCCCCAGGGAGUGUCAAGUCCCGCGGCCGAAUCCUAUGUGUCACAUCAGUCUCUGCCACAGCCUGCUAGGUCUGCUGCAGCUCCCGCAGCCUCCACCACAGCGGCCGCAGCUCCUCCACCUCCGGUAGCUAAAUCCAGCAAGCCUCCACCACCCGCUGUCGCGGAGAAGCCCUCUGGAUCAUCAUUCAGGGAUCGAAUUGCCGCCUUUAAUCAGUCCGCUGCUGCACCCGUUGCGCCGUUCAAGCCUGGUGGUUCCCAGCAGUCGACCUCCUUCAUCAAGAAACAAUUCGUGGCCCCGCCACCAAGCAAAGAUUCAUUUGUCGCCCCGCCGAGGGAGCCCGCGCCGAAAGUGUACCGAAGGGAAGAAGAUCCCGAUGUGAAAGAGCAGCUGGCGCGUGAGCCACCUGUCUCGGAAAAUCGUCCGCCUCCACCUGCCCCAGCGCCCUUGCCAACAUCCGAAGAAGGAUCGGAGGAUCAGCCGAAGCCCACCAGUCUGAAGGAGCGGAUUGCCUUGUUGCAGAAACAGCAGUUAGAGCAGUCUCAGCGUCACGCAGAAGCGGCGCAAAGGAAAGAAAAGGCCAAGGCUGUUGCCAAGAGGCCCGUGGAGCAACAGUCGGAGCCCGUCGAUGCUGAGCCAGCUCUUGCAACCUCGCCUACCGACACUGCCGGCACUGCUCGGGAUCCCAGCGUUGAGACGGUCCGGGCUCGAGCACCUCCGCCCCAGCCAGCUCCUUUCUCGCCAUCCGAAGAAGUCGCAAGUGAGUCGAAUGACGCCGAUUAUUCUGCAUCUGAGGAUGCCGGCGAGACUUCUGCAAGCAAGGAGGAAGAUGAAGAGAGACUUCGCAAGGAGUCCACACAUGCGGUUGAGAAACAAGGCGAGGAAGCAGAUGUCGAGGAGGAUGCGGUAGAACCAGAAGCAGAAGAAGAGGACGAGGAGGAGGAACUCGAUCCGGAGACCAGACGCAGGAUGGAGCUGCGCGCACGAAUGGCCAAGAUGAGCGGCGGCAUGGGCAUGAUGGGACUUUUCGGCCCUCCAGGCGGUCUUCCCGGUAUGGGACCUCCUCCAGCGAGUCGCAAACCCAAGACGCCCGGAGACUCCGAGAAACGGCUCGCAGAACCAGAGCCGACCUCUCCACUCCACGCUCCUCCUGUACCUCUGCCAGGUAUGAACACUGCGCCAAUGGCUUCUACCAAUGUGGAAAAGGAGGAAGAGCUGCAGGAGGAUGAGGAGCGCCCAGCGGCUCCGAUUACGGAGCAGCAUGCUUCACGGGAAGUGCCAGAUGUUGAGGACGUGGUUCACAAACCCGUCACCAAGCGUCGAUCGGUCGAUCAGCCUCUUCCUGUCCAGCCUAGUGGUAGUGGUACGUUCACUCAAUCCCCCCUCCCCUUUAAAGCUCCUAGUCUGCUAAUCAAGGUUUCAAAAGAGCGCUCUGCUGCUCCAGCGCCUCCGGUCCCCGGAUCACGUCCGGUGCCACCACCUCCAGUGCCAUCCGAAGCACCAGGGUCGCCGCCUUCUGCCCCAACAGGUUCACCAUCAACUGGUGAUGAGUCCGAUGAUGAGCUUUCGGUGCAUGCCGGGAGAUUGUCUAUAAAUGAGCCAGCCAAGAUGACUGAGGUGCCGGCUCCAGCACUCCCCGACCGACUGGAUGCUCGUCGUCCCUCGACAUAUGAUUCAUCCCCUCCAUCGACUGCGACCUCGGUAGCUGAUAAGAGAGCAAGCCGUGCACCACCUCCCGUCCCAACAAAUCCACCAUUGCCUCCAGCACAAAACCGUGCACCUCCUCCCCCACCACCUGGCCCACCGCGUCGACCUUCAACCGUUGACAGCCAUACAAGUGCUCCAAGGCAAGCCGGUGAUGACAUCGAAGGAGAAGUGACGGAGUACGAUGGAGAUUACGACACUGAUAUAGCGUCGGGGGCUAAGCACAAGGACGCACUGAAGGCCCGUGAGCGAGACUCGAGUAUCGAUGAAGGAACCAUCACAGAUGACCAGUCUCUUUACUCGGCCCGAAGCCCCACUGACGCUCGCCUGCCGCCGCCGCUUCCUCCUACUGCUGCCCCCCGCGGUGUUCCCCCUCCUCCACCGAGUCAACCACCCCGCACUGGCCGUGCCUCUAUAGACACGCCUCGUGGGCCACCUCCUCUUCCGCCUUCUCGAGAUGCUCCCCUGGGUACAAGUGCAAUGUCCGAGGAUGAGGAAUACGAUCCAUUCAACUACGCAGCUCCUCGACAUGGACUAUCAAAUGCGCCUCCGCCCCCAAGCGGACGUCCUGAAGCUCCGCCCGUCUCCACUUUCCAGGCUGCAACUGGGGGUUACGGCAAUGCAAACGACCAUCUCUCGCACCGCCCCCUCCCCCCGCAGUCACAAGCCCCUUCCAUGCCUUCGCCGUCCAUUGCCCGAAGUGGACGAGCAUCCAUGGAUCUGAUGCGUAACCAGCGACGUUCUAUGGACAUCUCCCGUCCCUCGAUUGAUCAGAGCUUCAUCGCUACCGAUGUAGACCUGGGGGAAGGCUCCUUGUGGUGGAGCCAGCCCAACACGAUUCCCCCGAUUUUCCAGAACCGCAAGGACGUCCUCUACGAGAUUGAAGAGUCCUCAGUUCCAAACAACGGUGGCUCAACCACUAUCUCGAAAGAUGUUUACGUGCUCUUUAUGGACUACUCGCAGACUGUGGUGACGGUCCAGUACGAUGGCAAGAACCCUUCGGAUGCGCACUUGGAGCAGCGCCAGGAACCGCCUCCUCAUCAGCCUCGUCAGGACCAACUAGAACAGGCCCAUUUCCAGAUUGGAACCCGCAUCUCCGAGGCUGUCAACUCUAUUCAAAACUCGACUGUCGGUGAUGGAACUCCGUUUGGAUUGAUUCAGCAUCUCUUGAAGCCCUUGUCUGGAGCCCUUCUCCCGGUUGGGACCCGCGCCUACGGAGCUUUGGUCUAUUCAAAUCUGGCCAACGCAUCUGUCACACAGAACGAUGAGAUUCGCGCCGGUGACAUUGUCAGUUUCCGCAAUGCUCGUUUCCAGGGCCACCGUGGCACGAUGCAUCAGAAGUAUAGUGCCGAGGUUGGCAAACCUGACCACGUCGGAAUCGUGGUUGACUGGGAUGGUACCAAAAAGAAGAUUCGAGCGUGGGAGCAAGGACGUGAAAGUAAGAAGGUGAAGAUGGAGAGCUUCAAGCUCAAUGACCUUCGCAGUGGCGAGUGCAAGGUCUGGCGAGUGAUGCCUCGCAGCUGGGUCAGCUGGGAGUCUGCAAAAUAA